UCAGCGCAAAAUGUCAAAUACUGAAACAAAUCAAAUUAUGCUGCGCUUGAGUGGCCUGCAAAUUGUUGAGACACCGCGGCAACAGCAACACCGUGAAAGUGGAAAACGUGAAUGUCACUCGGAGAACGCUUGCAUGGCGGUUGUACCCGCUACACCCUGUUCUGGUGCAACCACAUUCUUGACGGAACUCAAGAAGCGACGGAAAAGCAAAACUUAUCGUGUCUUUAACUAUGAGAUGGACAAGCAAUUCAUUAAAGCACGCAAAUCGUUAGAAUUUUAACUAAUACCAAUGUAAUCACUUCUUUUAGCAAUAAUCACAUUCGAUUUUAAAUCAAACAACACUUUUUUUGAAUACAAAU